CUAUUGGCUGCACGCGGGCAAUUACAGGUGACGGCACGCCGGGGAGUGAGGUCGUGCGCAUGCGCCCCAGAAGGUCCCAGCAGCUUGUGGGCACCAUAUGCAGCGAGGAGCUAGAGCCGGGUUAGAGCUACACUGACAUAGUCACCAUGGGCAAAAAACAGAAGACCAAGACUGAGGAGAGUGGCAAGGAUGAUGUUGACCUUGAUGCCCUUGCUGCAGAGAUAGAGGGAGCUGGAGCUUCGAAAGAGCAAAAGGGUAAAGCUAAAAAGAAGAAAGACAAGAAAAAGCAAGAUUUUGAUGAAGAUGAUAUUUUGAAAGAACUUGAGGAACUGUCACUGGAAGCUCAAGGAGGGAAAUCAAAUAAGGAUUCAACACAAAAGAAUCAAGAAGUAGAAGAAAUAGAAGCUAUUCCUACAAAGCCAGACAAGAAGAAGAAGGGCCAAAAGGGCAAGAAAGUCAGCUUUGAUGAAGAUGAAGACAAUAGUGAUGAAAUGGAAAGCAAAAACACGAAAUCCAGAAAACCUGAAAAGCCAAAAAAUAUAUCAGAGAGUGAUGAUGAUGAUGAUAAUGAUUUUAGUAAAACUUCUAAAAAAGUUAAAGGGAAAAAUGAGACGACCAAUAAAAAGGCACAGAUGUCGAAUGAAGCUAAGGAUCCUGGUAAGGAGAAAGUAGAUAUUUCUGGAGAUAGUGGUGAGGACUCAGAUGAGUUCAGCCGUAGUAAGAAAGGAAAGAAGAAAGAAACAAAAGCCAAGCCUGUUACCAAAGCUGAUAGUGAAGAUGAUGAGGGUGAUUUCAAAAUAAAGACAGCUGCUCAAAAGAAGGCAGAAAAGAAGGAACGAGAGCGAAAGAAGAAGGAAGAGGAAAAGGCCAAAUUAAGGAAGCUGAAAGAAAAAGAGGAGUCUGAAGCUCCUAAAAAAGAACCAGUAGCAGAAGAAGCUGCACCCCAAAAGGACAAAAAAACUAUAGUGGAAGCCGAGGCUGCAGAAGUAGAGGAUGAUGAUGAUUUUGACAAAAAGAAAAAAGACAAAAAGAAGAAGAAAGGAGAAAAAGGAGAAAAAGAAGAGAAAGAGAAAAAAAAGAAAGGUCCAAGUUCAGCCACAGUGAAAGCCAUGCAAGAAGCUCUUGCUAAGAUGAAGGAGGAGGAAGAGCGACUUAAAAGAGAAGAGGAGGAGAGGCUGAGGCGUCUAGAAGAGCUGGAAGCCAAGCGUCUCGAAGAGGAACGAUUAGAGCAAGAAAGGAAGGAAAAGAAGAAGCAGAAAGAGAAGGAAAGGAAAGAACGCUUAAAGAAGGAAGGGAAACUGCUGACAAAGUCGCAAAAAGAGGCCCGUGCUCGUGCUGUGGCUACACUGAAGGUCCUACAAGCGCAGGGUGUUGAAGUGCCAUCUAAAGACUCAGUGCCAAAGAAAAAGCCGAUCUAUGAAGAUAAAAAGAAAAAGAAGACCCAGCAGCAGUCUCAAAAUAAAGAAGAUCCCAUGGAGGUGAGUUCCCCAGUUGAAGAUAUUGUUGAAUCUCCAGUGCCAGAAAAAGAAGAGCCCACUUUAGCUGUAGAGCCUUCAGAAAAUGAAGAUGAAAUUGGUGUGGAUGACUGGGAAGCCAGAAUCAGUGAUGAAGAGAAAGAUCCAAAAACUGUUCACAUAGAGGUUCAGGAGAAAAAUGAAGAGGAGGAUGAGGAUGAAGACGAGGAUGAUGAGGACGAAGAGCAUGAUGCAGACAGUGAGGAAGAGGAUGAUGAUGAUGAAGGGGAUAGCAGCGAUGAUGAAAAAUCUGCAGAUGAGAAGCCAAAGGAGCUUCAUUCUACUGCAUCCAAACCAGCUGAGAAGAAGCCUGUUGUAGAACAGAGCUCUGAGUCUGAGUCUGACUCUGAUGAUGAUCGCACCAAAGAAGAACGGGUCUAUGAUAAGGCAAAGAGACGAAUAGAGAAACGACGUUUGGACAACCAAAAAACCAUAAACACUCAAGUUCUACGGGCGCCAGUUAUUUGUGUUCUUGGGCAUGUAGACACAGGAAAGACAAAAAUUCUUGACAAGUUACGUCAUACUCAUGUGCAAGACAGUGAAGCUGGAGGUAUCACUCAGCAAAUUGGCGCAACCAAUGUCCCAUUGGAUGCUAUAAAAGAACAAACGAAAAUGGUUAAAAAUUUUGAUAAAGAGAACAUUAAGAUUCCAGGAAUGCUCAUCAUUGAUACUCCUGGUCACGAAUCUUUCAGUAACCUGAGGAAUCGUGGAAGCUCUUUAUGUGACAUUGCCAUCCUGGUAGUAGAUAUCAUGCAUGGGUUGGAGCCACAGACCAUUGAAUCUUUAAAUUUGUUGAAGACUAAGAAGUGUCCUUUUAUUGUAGCUCUAAACAAGGUUGAUAGGCUGUAUGACUGGAAGAAAAGUCCAGAAACUGAUGUUGGCGCUACAUUAAAGAAACAAAAGAAAAAUACGAAGGAUGAGUUUGAAGAGCGCACUAAGGCCAUUAUUGUGGAAUUUGCACAACAGGGUCUGAAUGCUGCUUUGUUUUAUGAAAAUAAAGAUCCACGCACUUUUGUGUCUUUGGUCCCAACCUCUGCUCACAGUGGAGAUGGCAUGGGCAAUUUAAUCUCCCUCCUUGUUGAUCUUACUCAGACCAUGCUUAGUAAAAGGCUGGCCCACUCAGAAGAGCUGAGAGCUCAAGUAAUGGAGGUAAAAGCUCUUCCCGGCAUGGGUACUACUAUUGAUGUGAUUCUGAUCAAUGGUCGACUAAGAGAAGGGGAUACUGUUAUUGUUCCUGGUGUAGAAGGUCCAAUUGUCACACAAAUCAGAGGACUUUUGCUUCCUCCUCCUAUGAAAGAAUUAAGAGUAAAGAAUCAGUAUGAGAAGCACAAAGAGGUGCUUGCUGCUCAGGGAGUGAAGAUCUUAGGCAAGGACUUAGAGAAAACCUUGGCAGGUUUGCCACUUUUGGUUGCUCAUAAGGAUGAUGAAAUCCCAGUCCUGAGAGAUGAGCUCAUCCAUGAGCUUAAGCAGACACUGAAUGCCAUCAAGCUGGAAGAAAAGGGAGUUUAUGUGCAAGCAUCCACUUUGGGCUCCUUAGAGGCACUGCUUGAAUUCCUGAAAACAUCAGAAGUGCCAUAUGCUGGAAUUAAUAUAGGACCUGUACAUAAAAAAGAUGUCAUGAAGGCUUCUGUGAUGUUGGAGCAUGAUCCCCAGUAUGCUGUGAUUUUAGCCUUCGAUGUAAGAAUUGAAAGAGAAGCUCAAGAAAUGGCUGAUAGUUUAGGUGUACGUAUUUUUAGUGCUGAAAUCAUCUAUCAUUUGUUUGAUGCCUUCACUAAAUAUAGGCAGGAUUACAAGAAACAGAAACAAGAAGAGUUCAAACAUAUUGCUGUAUUUCCAUGUAAAAUAAGAAUCCUUCCUCAGUUUAUCUUUAAUUCUCGAGAUCCUAUUGUCAUGGGGGUGAUUGUGGAAGCUGGCCAACUCAAACAAGGAACGCCCAUGUGUGUACCUACUAAGAAUUUUGUAGAUAUUGGAAUAGUUACCAGCAUUGAGAUUAACCACAAGAAUGUAGAUGUUGCAAAAAAAGGCCAAGAGGUUUGUGUGAAAAUAGAACCUAUCCCUGGGGAGUCUCCAAAGAUGUUUGGGAGACAUUUUGAGGCUACAGAUCACCUUGUUAGCAAGAUCACCCGGCAGUCGAUUGAUGCUUUAAAGAAUUGGUUUAGAGAUGAGAUGCAGAAAACAGACUGGCAACUCAUUGUCGAAUUGAAAAAGGUGUUUGAAAUAAUUUAAAGCUUUUUUUUUCCAACUGUUGUAACUUGUGAGACCUGAGGAGUUAUAACCUGUGAAGAGUUGAAGCGUUGUAAGGGGAGAAAACAAGGAUACUGAACCUGUGGUUUGGAAUAAGAAAAUAAAAGUAGUUUAAAUUUGUUUUCCAUGAGAAACCAAGAAAUUUUACACUGGUUUGACAGUGCUCAGUUUUACACAUCCCCACAGUUCCAGCGUGCCUGCCCACCCGACUACACCGAUCACACACUGGCUUCUGUUUUAAAAGGAAACAAUAGUCCCAAUGUUUUAUUACAGAUUCCGUUUUUUACUUGUAAAAUUGGCACUGCUGCAUCUAGGUUUCGCAGCCCCUAACCUUUUGAUGUAAAAACAAUUAAUUAAAAAGUCAUUAUUUAUGCAUAUUCCAUGCCCCAGCACUGUGCUUUUUCAUGGUUCUUUUGCUUUGUGCCUACAUUUUUUAAAGGUUAGCAGGAAAGCCUACUCUGUAUCUGCUUCAUGUCAAUUGAUUAUGUAAAAUGUACUGUGGGCAGCAUCUUGGUGUUUGUACAGUUCCUGCCAACACUUCUCACUGUAUUCAUUACACACAGAGCCAGAAAUAAAAGUACAUGG